AUGGACAACAUCAUUGAACCUCCAAAGUUACCAGAAGAACUUGCCGACGUUAAACAAGGACGACUUGUCUCUCACCAUUUGGACCAAACAUGCACACAUGACGAAAAGAGCAUCCUGCGUCUCCAGGCUAUCGCCAACAACAAUGUACGAAGUAAUUACGUGCAACGACUUACGGUUAGCGGCGAACGAAAUGGAAACCUACCACACAACUCAGAACGCUGCGAAAAGUGGCGCUCACAACUUAUUGGCACAAUCCCACACUUUCCCCAUUUACGGGAGCUGAUAGUGGACAACGUAACAGUUGGAUACCCCGAAGACAAAGAUCGAUGCGAAGAUGAUGAUCAACUAGGAGCCAUGUCGCGGAGAGCUAUCUGCAGCUGCGUUUUUCGUGCUGUGCUCGAUGGCCUUACAAAACAUAGCUGCCCCCAAGUUAAAGGAUUUGACUUUCGUAUACGUGCGUACGACACUAAACAGCCACAUGAGACCCUUCUCAAUCCAAGUUCUCAGUCAUGGAAAGAACAUUUUGCUCCCAAGACCAAAUCUUUGAAACUCAUCACUUACGACUCUGACGACUCUGGCACCUUACCCUGGGACACAGACCUACUUCUUUCUAUCCCAGCCUUAGAUGUCUUUCAUCUCGAAGGAAACAUCUUGGACUCAGUAUGGCCUAAGCUUACAUGGAAACCACUUCACACGGUCGAGCUUCACGAUUUGCACUUGCCCCCAAAUGCCUUUCUAGACUUCAUCAGUAGGCACAACCAAACCUUAUCUAAGAUAACUCUGAUCGAUAUCGAAUUGGACGAAUUUACUUGGAAAGAGCUGCUGCAGAGGGUCACGGAAUUAAAUCGGCUCUCUGUCCUUGACUUGUGCAACUUAGGCCAAGAAACCCCUUCCUCCAGAGUACCUGAUUCAUUCAAACCUGUGUAUACAGAAAAAGAAGCAUCAGAAAUACGUCUUUCAAGCAGAGAUGAAGUUCUAAUCGCUUCAGAUAUCCUUAUUAAUCAUUUUUGGACGUCUAAGAGGGCGAAUACACCUGGAUAUGUAGUUGAUUUUAGGUUAGUAGCAGCCGUUGUAAAUGGCGAAGUUGAAUACAAGGAUGGAAGAUGGGAAAAUGUUUCCUAG